GGCUAGCCUUCCCUUUCCCUUUUCCACUUGAAGCCGGCACUGGCGCCUCGCAGGCGAGUCCGUUUAGCUGUGUUCGGCUUUUUACUUUUAGGUCGCCCUCUACGCUGACGGCGGUCGCGUUUCGACCUGAUCUUUUCGGUCCCUCUCGGGCCGCUGUAGCGAAGCCAGAAGCGAUUGAAGAGGUUGCGAGACAACAGCCGUAGACCAGGACGCGAAAAUGAGGCCAGUGGGAGGAGCCCUCGCGUGACGUCACUGGGCGGUGCGGCCAACCCCUAUCGAUCCCGCGCCAAAUUCGAACGCCGGCGGGCAGACAAAGCGGCGUUUGGCGAAGUCGACGCAGCGGCCAUCCGCGCUUUUUGUCCUUACUGCGGUGCCGUUUCUCUCCGGGGGAGCUCCGUUUCGUUCCGUCGCGCCGUUUCCAUGGCAUCCCCACCCAAACGAAGCCGGAGCAGCGUGAAGAAGAUCGCCAUUGAGGGUAACAUAGCUGCAGGCAAAUCUACUUUCGUGAAUAUUCUCAAAAAAGGCCGAGAGGAAUGGGAAGUUGUUCCAGAGCCAGUGGCAAGAUGGUGCAACGUUCAGGACGGCCAAGAUGACUGUGAGGAGCUGACAGCCUCACAAAAGAGUGGUGGCAACCUACUUCAGAUGAUGUAUGAGAAGCCUGAGAGAUGGUCAUUUACGUUUCAAGCCUACGCCUGUCUGAGCAGAAUCAGGGCUCAGCUCAUGUGUUUUGAUGGGAAACUAAAAGAAGCUGAGAACGCUGUGGUUUUCUUUGAAAGAUCAGUUUAUAGUGACAGGUACAUCUUUGCAUCCAAUUUGUAUGAAUCUGACUGUAUAAAUGAAACAGAGUGGACUAUUUAUCAAGACUGGCAUAAUUGGAUGAAUCGGCAGUUUGGGUCAAGCCUUGAACUGGAUGGCAUUAUUUAUCUCCGAGCUACUCCUGAAAAAUGCUUGAAUAGGAUUUACAUCCGUGGAAGGGAUGAAGAACAAGGCAUUCCCAUAGAAUACCUGGAGAAACUUCAUUACAAACAUGAAAGCUGGCUCCAGCAUAGGACGUUACCAAUGGAUUUUGAAUACUUGCAAGAGAUACCCAUUCUAACACUGGAUGUAAAUGAAGAUUUCAAAGGCAACAGAGACAAACAAGAAAAUAUGAUUGAGAAGGUCCAAGAAUUUUUGAGUACUUUAUAGCGCAUCCAGAAGUCUAACUGAAGCAGAGAGUUCCCAGCAUGCCUAUCACUAAUUUUACCAGUGCUGCUUUUGCUUAACCAGGUUCAACUUUGUGUGGUUAAAUAUUGCAAGGAGCUGGUUUUCUGUUUGCUGUGUGUCCAGGUUCCUUAGGUGAGUCUCUGCUGGGAAUGAUCAUCUGUUGCCAAAAAAAAAAAACAA